AAAAAAUGUUUUUGACAGCUCUAGUCUUUUUCCGGUACGCAAGGUCGUCCAAUCAUAAAAAACCAUGGCUGAUGUCGAAGUUGAGGUACCCGUGAACCCCGUGCUGAGCGGCGGAGCUAUGGACGUGAACACUGCCCUCCAGGAGGUGCUCAAGACCGCCCUCAUCCACGGUGGGCUUGUACAUGGACUCCACGAGGCUGCUAAGGCUCUUGACAAGAGGCAAGCAGUACUGUGCGUUCUCGCUGAGAACUGUGAUGAAGCUGCAUACAAGAAGCUGGUCCAGGCUCUCUGCAACGAGCACCAGAUCCCACUUGUGAAGGUUGACAACAACAAGAAGCUCGGUGAAUGGGCGGGUCUCUGCAAAAUCGACAAAGAUGGCAAAGCCAGGAAAAUUGUCGGCUGCUCAUGCGUAGUAAUCAAGGACUUCGGUGAGGAGACGCCAGCGUUGGACGUGCUCAAGGACUACCUCAAGUCCUCAAGCUAAGCCACCUAGUGUUAUAAGUUUACAAAUAAAAAAUCCAAAAAAAUUA